GCCGCCCCGCGCGCCCUUCGCGGCUGCGCCGGCGCCGCCACCCCCACAGCGGGCGGCGGUUUGUGCGCGGGGCCGGCGGCCGGCGUGGGACCGACGAGGGCGGGAAGGCGCUGUCGCUGAACGCCGGCACGGUUUCCUAGAUCUAAAAGAAAAGGCCGCGUUAGAGUACCUUUCCAAAAUGGCUGCUAUUAAGGAAGAGAGAGAAGUAGAAGACUACAAGAGGAAAGGAAGACGAUCCUCACAGCAGAAAUACCGUAGACUGAAUAAGGGCCAUGAGCCAAAGGAGCCAGAGCAGUUGAGAAAGCUGUUCAUUGGAGGUCUGAGCUUUGAAACAACAGAUGAUAGCUUGAGAGAGCACUUUGAGAAAUGGGGCACACUCACGGACUGUGUGGUGAUGAGAGACCCACAAACCAAACGUUCCAGAGGCUUUGGCUUUGUGACUUACUCCUGUGUGGAGGAGGUGGAUGCCGCCAUGAGCGCUCGACCACAUAAGGUUGAUGGACGUGUGGUUGAACCAAAGAGAGCAGUUUCCAGGGAGGAUUCUGUAAAGCCUGGGGCACACCUCACAGUAAAGAAAAUAUUUGUUGGUGGAAUUAAAGAAGAUACAGAAGAAUAUAAUUUAAGGGAGUACUUUGAAAAAUAUGGAAAGAUUGAAACCAUAGAGGUCAUGGAAGACAGGCAGAGUGGAAAGAAGAGAGGCUUCGCUUUUGUUACUUUUGAUGAUCAUGAUACAGUUGAUAAAAUUGUUGUUCAGAAAUACCAUACUAUAAAUGGACACAACUGUGAAGUAAAAAAAGCACUCUCAAAACAGGAGAUGCAGACUGCUAGCUCUCAGAGAGUGAAAUAUUUUGUAGGUCGUGGGGGUGGCUCAGGCAACUUCAUGGGCCGUGGAAACUUCGGAGGCGGUGGAGGGAAUUUUGGCCGAGGAGGAAACUUUGGUGGGAGAGGAAAACAUUCUCAUCUGUUUUGUGUUCUAGGAGGCUAUGGGGGUGGUGGUGGCGGUGGUGGGAGCAGAGGAAGCUUUGGGGGUGGUGACGGAUACAAUGGAUUUGGUGAUGGUGGCAACUAUGGAGGUGGUCCUGGCUAUGGCAGCAGAGGAGGUUAUGGUGGUGGUGGAGGACCAGGAUAUGGAAACCCAGGUGGUGGAUAUGGUGGUGGAGGAGGAGGAUAUGAUGGCUACAAUGAAGGAGGAAAUUUUGGUGGUGGUAAUUAUGGUGGAAGUGGAAACUACAAUGAUUUUGGCAAUUACAGUGGACAACAGCAGUCUAACUAUGGUCCCAUGAAAGGUGGUGGCAGCUUUGGUGGCAGAAGUUCAGGCAGUCCCUAUGGUGGUGGUUAUGGAUCUGGAAGUGGAAGUGGGGGCUAUGGUGGUAGAAGAUUCUAAAAAUGCUACCAGAAAAAGGGCUACAGUUCUUAGCAGGAGAGAGAGCGAGGAGUUGUCAGGAAAGCUGCAGGUUACUUUGAGACAGUCGUCCCAAAUGAAUUAGAGGAACUGUAAAAUCUGCCACAGAAGGAACGAUGAUCCAUAGUCAGAAAAGUUACUGCAGCUUAAACAGGAAACCCUUCUUGAUCAGGACUGUCAUAGCCACAGUUUGCAAAAAGUGCAGCUAUUGAUUCAUGCAAUGUAGUGUCGAUUAGAUGUACAUUCCUGAGGUCUUUCUCUGUUGUAGCUUUGUCUUUCUUUUUUCUUUUUAUUUUCCCAUUACAUCAGGUAUAUUGCCCUGUAAAUUGUGGUAGUGGUACCAGGAAUAAACAAAUCAAUGAAUUUUUAACUUUUCAAUAUUUGUGUAGUUCAGUUUUUCCACAUUUAGUACAGAGAACUCUAUAACAGAACUGAAAUGUAGUUUAGGGUGUUUCCUUGUUAGUUAAUAGAGAAGAUAAAUGCAUUUCUCAAUUACUAUUUUGUAUUAAUUUAAAGUUAACAAUAGAAACACCUAUUGAUUUGCAGUCUUAAGGGGUCUAGUCUCAGUGUAUAUACGUAAUUGUCAUUGACAUGAGUUACAUAGGCAUACAGAGGGAAAACAUCUGUAUGUUGCAUUAUAGUUUGUUUAGAUGUAUAACUAGGAUUUGAGUUACUCAAAUUAGUGUUUGUGAAUCAUAGAACUAAGCUUUAUCUUAAUGAAAACUUCAAAUUACUUUUUGGUUUGUGCAUAUUUUUUUAAUUUGUAGUUCUGUAUUAGUACUAGCGCUUCAAGAAAAUAAGGCAUGAUAAAUAUUUUAACAAGACCAACUUUAGACACAUGAAA